UUUCCUCGAGCUGUGUUGGCUGGCACAGCCCCAUCAAAGCUUUCAGAGGCUGCCGCAUUAACUCUGUCAGAGAGGGAGCUCCAACUACAGUGUCAGCUUGAACAUACAAUCGAGAUCCGGGAGCCGCUCAAGUCGCAGAACGAAGGACAGGAGAAAAGUAGGCUGACGGAGAAGGAAAGCGUGUGUGCUUGCCGGGCGCUGUUGCAAGAACAAAACGGGAUGUUUUAGUUGUUUGCUCUACUUUUGGGGGUUACAACACUUGACACAUCAUCACCGCUGGGACGGAGGACAGCUGCCUAUAUCAUCACUGACCAAGAGUUGAAGAGAACCGAGGUGGACGUUUGCUUUUCCUCCUCAAGAAGAUGGCAUCAAAUGACUCCCGGCUCCAACAGCAACCCUCCCAGAAGGACGCCGCCGAUCAGAACUUUGACUAUAUGUUCAAGCUGCUGAUUAUUGGAAACAGCAGUGUUGGCAAAACCUCCUUCCUGUUCCGAUAUGCAGACGACUCCUUUACCUCUGCCUUUGUCAGCACCGUGGGCAUCGACUUCAAGGUCAAGACUGUGUUCCGCAAUGACAAGAGGAUCAAGUUGCAGAUCUGGGAUACAGCAGGGCAGGAGCGCUACCGUACCAUCACUACAGCAUACUACAGAGGUGCUAUGGGCUUCCUGCUCAUAUAUGACAUUACCAACCAGGACUCUUUCAAUGCAGUUCAGGACUGGGCAACACAGAUUAAGACAUAUUCAUGGGACAACGCUCAGGUGAUCCUGGUUGGUAACAAGUGUGACCUGGAGGAUGACAGGCUCAUUCAAACAGAGGAUGGCCAGAGACUAUCAGAGGAGCUAGGUUUCCAGUUCUUUGAAGCCAGCGCUAAGGACAACAUCUGUGUGAAGCAGGUGUUUGAGCGUCUGGUGGACAUCAUCUGUGAGAAGAUGAAUGAAAGCAUGGAGGGAGAUGUAAACCUCAUGUCCAACCACGGGAACCAGAGCCUCAAAGACUUGCCUUCAGAGAGCCAGGGGGGCUGUUCCUGCUAAGACCACCUUCCUUCUUACCUUUGUCAAGCCUCCAACACACACACACACACACACACACACACACACACACUCAACACAUGCACUGAUAAUCAUAAAGACAAACACCUUAUCUGUGCCUAAACCACAGAGAGUGCCUCUUCCUUUGUCUUCACUCUGGACACAAUCAGCUCUGUUUUGUCCCCUCAGUGCAGCACAAACCAAAGGACAGCUAGCUGAGAUCAUCUUCAUCAGUGGUGCCAGGCCCCCUCUCCUCCUAAGACCCCCUGUUCUAUUUUUCACUUAAAAGAGGCCCACUCUGUUUCUGUGGUCUCGACCCAUCAGCUCUGUGAUAAGCUGAUAGCACACUAAAGCCUGCCUUUUGCUCUGUCCACCUCUGAUGUCAACUGCCUGACCACCGCUGCCCUAUUCUCAUUCAAAUGGACUGAAGAUGAAAUAUUUGUUCAGCUUAAAAGCAUUAAAGUUUUUUUUUUCUUUUCGUUUAGUGAGUAAUCCCAAGAAUACGUAUUCAACACUUUCACAGCGAUAGUUGUGUUUUCACCUGAGACUAAUUAGAAAGAAGUUUUGGUGGCUUGUGAACAUAUUAUUUAUUAGAGGACUUAGAGAGAGGUUUGCUUGUCUGGUCAUUUAGGACACUUCAUGUUCAUGUCAAAUAGAAAGAGGGAGAGAAAAACGAGUUUUAUACUGCGUUGAAAUUAUGAAUUUGUCAGACAUGAGCACAUCAUGCUUUGCAAGGCUUACAGGAACAAAUCAACACUUUGGGAAAUAACCGUAUUCACUAUCUUGUUAAGAUUAGAACAUGUGCAACUGUGAAGCACACCAGAUUUCCCAAGUUUCACUUUCAGAUAACGACAACAUAACAAGGUAAGAGCCACCUCACAUUUUAAAAAUGAAUCAUAGUAAUCAUAAUUAUAGAUUAAAAUAAUUUUAGUUUAGUCAAUCUGCUUUAAUCAGCAAGAUGAGAGUUUGAAUCCAACUGCAAUAUGCUAAUGUUAAUGUACUGUAACAGGUUCAUGCUCUAAGAUAUCCCAGGUUGUCAAUGGUACAAGUCAAUUUUCUUCCUAAAACAAUUCAGUAAUUAAUGUCAUUUUAAUAUAAACUGUUAGUAAAACUAAUUGGCUUUUUCUGUUUGUUUUAAGUCAAGGACUUGGGCCACUUUGAAAGAUGUGUUCUUUGUUGCAAGAAUCUGAGGUUUAUAAAGGAAAUGAGAAGAGUGAGCUAAUCUAGAAUCUAGAAAUGUUUCAAGGCCAAUUUGGAGCCCUUUUCUCUGUAUGCCUACGACUAAGGCAGCAGACUGAUGCUUAAGGUAAACAAUUAGCUUUGUCGUUUUUUUCUUUUUGAGUGUGACUGUACGAGGAAGUUGUGUAAGACUGGUAACAUUGAUAGUCACAUGACCAGCCUCCUGCUACGUUCUCACUCCCCCCUCUAUGCCAGUCUUUUUAUUUCAUGCAUCCUUUAAACAAUGACAUUUACAACACACACACACACACACACACACACACACACACACACACACACACACAAACAACACCCACAGAGACUGCUCCUGCAACUGCAACAUGGCAAAACACUUUGCAUGGCAAACGUACUAUUCUUAAUAUAACAGAGUACUUACGUAUUGGUAUUAUAGCUCUAUAAUCUAUUUCUGACAUAACUAGUGAAUGUGUGUGUGCGUGUGUACUCAGAAAGGGAGGAACACUGAUCUCUUAGAAAAAUAAAUUCGGGCCUCAACUGUGCUUUUUUAACUGUCAGGAAAAACAAUGAACUGUUGCAGAAUGUAAGUCUAAAGGGCCUGUGUCGCAUUACUGUAAAAUCUCAUUUUAUAUUCACUCCACAUUAUGUUCUUUUUUUCCGUCAGUUGUAUUACACUACAUAUUGAAUAGCUUUUUUUGUCCAUUUGUUUUUCCAUGUGCAGUACUGAACAGUAAACCUCCACCUAUACUACUUUUUAUGUUUUUAAUUUCUAUUUGUUGCUACAGUGCCAUUUACCAUCCCUGUACAUUUGCUGGCCUCUGACCGUCUGUAUCAACCAAAGCUUUGGCACUUUGACAGCAGUCAGGCUGUGCCGUUACAAAAGCUACUGUUGCUCUGUACAGGUCAGCAGGUUUAGGUCACAACUUUUGGUCAGUUGACUCCCCGCUGUUGUAGAAACAUGUGGUCCCAUAUAUCUCUAUCAAUGUUUGCUGCUGAGAAAUGAUACUGUUUUAAAGAUAUCAGAAAGCCCUCCUUAUCUCAUCUAAACCACAUUGAACUAUAAUGGAGGAGUUAAAUAAAGGGAGGCAGUACACAUGUAUUACACCAUUGAGUAUGUCUUUAAUGCACUAGGAAAGACUGCAUUUUUUGAAUUGCAGUGGCAUCACAAUGAUAUGAUGUCUGUGAUAGUUUCACUGAAUGAGCUUACAUUGGCAGCUGCUGCUUGAACAUAUAUUGAGUGUGCUGAAAUUUCCACUGAUUCUGAAUUUUGAACCAACCAUUUUGGCUUCUGACAUAUUACUUCUGUUGCCCCUGAUGCUGAUGUACCAGUAAGCCUGUAGCAUGUAGAGCUGUGUGUCUGGGGUGUGUCUGUUAUUUCCCAUAUGUGUGGUCUAUUUGUUUAAUGUGUUCAAUUUCUGAAUGGUUGCUUCUAAAAAGCGGGGAAAUAGGAUUUUUUUAUCCAGAUCCCCUUUUUAGUUUCUGACUGUACAAAGAGAAGACUUGGAAGAAAAUAAAUGCAUCAUAUAAACCCAAAUAUGUUGAAAUGUGUUUAUGAAAAUAAAGGAUAUAUUCAAUACAA